AUGGUUUUUCGCCAACAACCUCAUGUUGUUAUUCAAUCUGAAGAUUUUCUUUCUCAAUUGGCAACAGAAAAACAAAUUUUGGAAACAAAGCAAAAAGAAAUUCCAAAUAUUUUCCCAAUUUCUCCUUUUAUUGAUUUGCAAAGCUCUAAUAUUUACAACGAUACAGCUGUUGUUCCAGGAAUUGUUUCUGAUCAAAAAUAUGUUUUAAAUACAAUUUUAUGGGCUAGAGAACAAGAUCAAAAAUAUCCGUGGACGAGAGAAGAAAACGCAGGAAAUGCAAUUUGUCAUUGUUUUGGUGCAGCAUUAGCUCAAGCUCUUCGAUUAAAAAAUUUAUUAGAAUUUGAAAAAACUUCAUCAGAAGAAGAUAAAAUUUUAAAAAGGCCAAUAAUUACAAAAGCAAUUCAAUUAGUUGAUGGAAGAAUGGAUUUUGUUAUUGUCCAAUUAAAUACUUUAAAUUUGGCUAAUUUGGAAGGAAUUAAAAAUUUGGUUUGGAUAGAUAAAGCUUGUCCUCUAUACAAAACUAAGCCUAUGCAUCAAAAUUUGUUAAAUGUUGAAGAACUUAAUUUAGAAACAGCAAAAAAAUUUAUUGGUUUAAUUUUAUAUAAAUGA